GCCCCUCCGAAUCCAGAGUGACUGAAAAAAUCAAGAGGACUCUAAAGUACACAGAAGAAAAUCAAAAUUGGGAGCCGCGGAAGGGAAGAGCUGGUGGAUAUUAGCAUGAUGGAGGGAUGUGUGAGUCUGGACUCAGAGCUGAUGGAGUUUCAGUCUGACGCUUCAGAGGCCAUCAGCCAGGAUGAUGAAGACGAGGUGGAGGAACUGCAAAACAGUCUGCGAGAGGUUGUCCAGGACCAGUCGGUAAAGCCCAAACUCCAGUGCCUGAUGGUGGACCCAUCGUUCUCCAUGGUAACAGUUCAGAGCGAGGACAGUGGUAUUGUUUGGGAGACGGCCUCUAGCCGCUGCUCUACUCCCUGGGCCUCUGACACGAGCUCUGUCUCUGAAGCCUACAGCAUGGAGGGCUCUGGCGUUGCAGGAAAGAUCACCAUUGUCUUUGAUGAGGAUAAAGUAGUCCGUAGGAGGACGAGGUCCGGAGGAAGGAGCAGCAGGUUGGGGGACAGGCUGAGUCGACCUGGAAGCUCAAGAUCGGCUUCGGCUCUGGGAGUGGAGAGACCGGAGAUGGCAGAGGUUUCUCUCCCCAAUGUGAAACAGGAGAAAACCGAAACAGAGCCGGACUUGGAGGAAAUCAAAAACAAAGAUCAGCAACUGUUUAGUUUGAUUUCAGAGGGUUAUGAGAUUCUCAACAUCAGAGUCCCCUCCAAACUUCCCACCGUGGAUGAGGAGGAGAGCACAGAGCUGCAGGACAAUUUGUCGUAUCUGGACCAGACUCCAAAGAUCAAGUCCCGCAGCCACCAUGACUGGACGUGGCAACAGAAUCAUGUCCUGACAGACGAGGGGAGGAUACUUGAUCACCAAGAGCCCUCGAAGCAAGAUUCUUCUCAGCCAUCAGCAGACACAGAACCCAGACAGACACCUUCUCAGAAUGAGAGCGCCAGUGACAUUGACUACUUCGAGAAGUUUACCCUUUUGGAUGAGGCAGUCCCCGGAGAACAAGCUCCAGAGCUGCAGGAGAAAGCAGUGAAACCCCAGGCAGAGGAGCAGAAACCUGCUACGGAGACAGCAACAGACAGCCCCUCUGCAUCAGAAGAGUCUUUUGUCUUUGUCACAGAUGUGGAGAUAGUCGGGGAACACCUGGACGAGGUCUUCUAUGGAGAAGGAGCUCCUGCUGAUGCACUGCAGAGGAGAGAUGAGGAUGAGGAGGAGGUUGCAGCCAGGAUGAGGCGAGAGAGCCAGAGAUCGACGAAGGAGAAUGGUUCAGUACUGUUUGAGAGUGAAGAGACCAUCCUUACGCCCAUCUAUAUCUCCGCUGGACCCCCGAAGAUUAUUGACCCCAUCCUGCUGGAGGAGCCCACCGCCAUGUCCUUCAUGUACUCCGACCUUUACGAGGAUGCUGUAGGCGAGAGGAGGAGGAGCGACGAGGAACACUCAGAGGCAGAGAGCGUGGCAUCUGAGAAGUCUUAUAAGAGAUGUUCGUCGGAUGCAGAGGAGGAGGAAGGCUACCUGGAGAAGUUUACUUUGAAGGAUGAAACUUCCACCGUGGAGGUUCAACCAGAAUCAGUGCAGGACGAGAACGAGGGGAGGAUGAUGUGGUCACAGAGUAGGUUUGAAAUGACAGGAUGUCUCAGAAAAGUGGUCAAAGAAGAAGAUGAGGACAAGACAAAGACAGAGGAACCAAAGACACAGGAGGUCAGUGCUGGAGGCAGUAGUGAGGAUCUACAAUCAGCAACAUUUGAGGAGAAAAGAGAAAUAGUCACAGAAACAGAAAAGGAGAGGGAGGACAUACAACUCUCCGUGGUAACUGAAGAGCAGGUUGUCAGAGAGGCCCCAGAAAAAUCAGCUCAGGAGUCUAACCUGAAAGAGGAUCGGAUUGAGGGUCAGGAAGUAAAACAGGAAGUAAAAGGAGACCAGACUGAGCCUCCUGAGAGGAGCACUGAUGAGCCACCUCCUGAAAUUCAAGAGAACAGAAAGGUAGAGAAAGCAGAGAGCGAGAGUGAGGAGCAUCAGAGAGAAGAACACAAAAGAAGUGAACAAAGCAUUAUUGAAACUGAGCGGAUAUGUCAGACACAAAAAGUGGCAGAAAAAGCAACUGAAGAGCUUGUAAAAGCAACAGAGGACAGGGCAGAAAAAGCACCUGUAAGCAGUGCAGUGCCACAGAUGGAUGUUAAAUCAAAAAUACAAAUAGAGCAGAGUUUUUCUGAGGAGCCAGGUCCUGACACGAAGGUGGUGGCUGCUGAUGAGAAAGUAGAAACUGAGGCCAAACCAGAGGUCCGAGUUGAAGUCAACGAACCUGAGACUGUAAGACAGGAAACGUUCACCUCGACUGAACCCUCAGGUGAAAUAGAGACACCGGCUGCAAUAUCACCGUGUGAGGAAAAACAAGCAGCAGAAGUCGUUCCUGAAGGUGUUGCACCUGUCGAGGUCAUCACCGACCGUGACUGUGCGGUACACGCAGUAGUGGAGGUUACUGAAAAAGCAGUGAAUGAAAAAGAGAUUCAAACCCAAGUUCAGAUUGAUCUUCAGGAGGUAAAAAGUGCUGAGACGACAGAUGUUCAAACAGCAGCAGCUCCUGAAGUAGGAAGAGACCAUGAAGCUAAGACUGGGGAAGCUGCAGCUGAGAGCCAGUUGCCUGAAUUCAUUGCCGAAGCUGCUCAGGAGCCAGAAGUUGAAACUGAGAUUUCAAGUGAAGUAACCGAACCUGUGAUGCCAGAGGAUUCAGAUAAGAAACAUCAUGAAAUCCUUGAAUCCCUGCAGCGUCAACAAGAGGAGCCGGUAACUGAUAGUGAAUCAGGCAAAACAAAGCUGAUAACUGAAGUCAAAGCUAAAACACCCACAGACGACGCUGGGCUCCCGGAUAUGGUGAAUGCAGGUGACGAGUUAAUCCUCCUCGUUCCCAAGGGACAAGCAGUAGAGAUGGACAUUGAUAUUGGUCAGGCCCCGAGUGAUUCAGAAGCUCUCCCUGAACCUGACAGCACAUGUGAACAUCUAACAGCACCUGAGGACAUACCAGCACCGAUGGGAGAAACAAAGACAGAGCCACAACCGGGAGUAGAAGCAGAAGUUGCUGUAAAGGUAGAAGAGCAACCCAGAAAUGACUUAGACAGAGAGUACUACCCCCCUGCACCUAUGGAGGAGGCCGACACAGAGGAGAAGAAGACGGGGGAGGACUUAGAAGAAGAUGAGGGUUUCUUUUCCCCUCUGAGGAGCUUUACUCCCAGGGAGGAUUUAUCUGGGCUGCACAGGGAGGAAAUACUAUCAGAAGAACAUGUAGAACAAAAGGCGGAGAUGUGGGUGGAAGAUUUUCCAGAUGCAAUCAUUAUUGAAGAUGAUGUUGGUCCAGAUGUUGAUCUACACAGAAAGGAUAUAGGGCAAAGGAUGGAGCAAGAUGAGGUGGUUGCAGAGGCUCCAGAAGUGCCUGUUGAGGAGUUUGAAUAUGAGAUAAUAUCUAAAAAGGAUGCAGAAGAGAUGCCAGAACCCAAAAUACAGAGAGAUGCAGAGGAAUCAAAACCUGAGUCCGGCCGGGACAGAGAAGAGAGGAUGGAGGUGGAGGUUGAGAUGGAGAUGGAGGGGAAAGUGUUUGAUCUGUCCCUAGAAGAAGAGCUCAUUGAGGAUGACUAUGAAAUCAUUGAUGCAGAGGAGGAGAGUCAGGCCCGACUGGCUGCUGAGCUGCAGGGGAUGGACUGGUUCUGUCUCACCUGUGGUCGUCUGCUAUCAGAGGACGACUGUGUGUCCAGAGAGCAUCACAGCCACGUGGUGACUGCUGUGGACAAAGCCUAUGAGGAAAUCAAGGAGAAGCUGAGUGACUGGAUCUCAGAGCUUCAGGGGAGGUCAGAGAACAUUGAGGACUUGGUGUCUGAACUGGAGCUGGCCUACAACUCUGUAGAGGACCAGUGUGUGGAGAGCGAGGCAGCGAUGCAGGUGCAGAACGAGGAGAUGAUGGCUCUGGUGAUGGAGCAGUACAACAACAUGUCCGUCAACAUGGAGGAGGAGAAGAAGUCCAAGCUGGAGCAGCUAUAUGACCAGAUUGUCUCCUUCCAGGAGAGCAUUGAAACCGCCAAGGCCACUCUAGAGACCACGGCCAGAGAGGAAGAGACUGACGCACGGUCACCUGAAGACAUUCAUGCAAGUCUCAAGGCAGCUCUGGACUCAGCCAUGUCACUGGAGCUGGGUCCCAAGGGACUGCUGGUGUUCGAAGACUACGCCAAGGGCAACACAUCCAGCUCACACCUCACACAGCGCAAGGGAAUCCCAGUGCCUCAGAGGCCCACGCUGCAGCCCCAGGAGCCAGGCUCAGCCACCAGCACCAGUGUCACUGUUUACUGGAAGGUCAACCCUGGAGAUAUCAUAGACUGCUUUCAGGUCUACUGCAUGGAGGAUCCACAAGGAGCUGUGUCAGAGGAGUACCGUGUGACAGUGAAGGAGAGUUACUGUGUCUUGGAGGAGCUGGAGCCUGACAAGACGUACAAGGUGUGGGUGAUGGCUGUCAACUAUACAGGCUGCUCUCUGCCCAGUGAGAGACUUGCCUUCACAACUGCUCCAUCGGUGCCUGUGAUUGACACAGAGCGCUGCAGUGUCAUGUGGGAUUCGGCCACACUAAGGUGGAAACAGCAGACUCCUGGACAGAGUUACACCUUGGAGUACUGCCGUCAGUAUGAACUGGAGGGAGAGGGACUCAGAUCCAUCUCAGGCAUCAAUAGCUGUGAACAGAGGGUUCUCCUGCAGCCCAAUGAGAAUUACCUGUUUUACAUCAAAGCUGUGAAUGAGGCGGGAGCCAGCGAACAGAGUGAGGCUGCACUCAUUUCCACAAAAGGGACGAGGUUCCAUCUGCUGAGCGCAUCAGCUCACCCUGCUUUAGAGCUGUCAGUGGAUCGGACCACCCUGCACUAUUCCCAGGACACAUAUGAAAACACACCACUCACAGACAAACAGUGUCCAUCCAUCCUGGGUGAGUUGCUGCCCUUACGAGGACACUACUACUGGGAGACAAUUGUGUCAGGAAGUACAGCUUACAGACUCGGAGUGGCACACAGCACAGCCAACAGAGGCGGCCCACUGGGGGAAAACAGCCUGUCGUGGUGUCUGCAGUGUAUUCCUACACCAACAGGUUGCAGGUAUCAGUUGCUCCACAAUGACGUCCAGUCCAGUUUGUUCGUGAUGGAGUUGCCUGAGCGAGUAGGUACUCUCUUGGAUUACCAGCUUGGUCGUCUGUCUUUCUACAAUGCCCAAAGUGGUCAGUUGUUAAGUUCCUUCAGCCAGCGCUUCACCCAGCCGUGCCACCCUGCUCUGGCCCUGGAGAUGCCAGGCAGCCUGGAGGUCAGCAUGGUGCUGGAAGUACCGGAGUUUACCAAGGACAGCUAGCUCUGCUACCUGCCUCACACGCUGAAGAGUUUACAGUUCAUGUUGGACAUUUGUUAAUUUGAGUGAUCUUACUUUAUAAUAAUUGAAUUGACCACUUACAUUACAGAAAAGAGUUCAGAUAUGACAGGACAUAAAAUAAUAAUUAGAUCCAAAACAAAGGCAGAAGAUGCAAUUUGAUUUGUUUAAAGGGGUUUGUGUGUUUUUGGUAAAAAGGAACCUUAUUUUAAAAACUGAUUUUCUCUGAUCAAAAACAAAAUAAAUAAUUUUUGGCCACAAAAAUUAAACUGUCUUGUAUGUGGUGCAAUACAACUGGAUUGAAAAUGAGUGCCUUGAAAUUUUUUUCACAGGUGAGCAUCAUGUAUUUUUGUUGUGGAUUAUUUUGUAAUUUUGACCGUAAAGUAUGCAGAUGUACUGUUUUGUAAAUGUUCUGUGCUUUACUCAUUUUCAGUUGUCUUCUGUUCUUUUACUGAUAGAUAAUGUGAGUAAAGGCUCUGACAACAUGUUGGAGUCAAAUACACAUUGUAUCAUCACAGAGAGAAAUACAAGUGAUAGUUCAAUUCUUUUGUCACCCCGAAGUUUAGACAAUGAGUCAAAAAAUAUACUGUAGCACUUUUUGAACUGUUUCAUAUUGUGAAUAGGUUUAUUUUGUGUAAAUAACCUUUGUAAACUGAAGUGAUCAGUUGUCUAUUUUGUUAUGUGCGACUGAUGCCAAAAGCAGAGCAAUUGUUUUUCUUUCACCUGUCAUGUAAACUGAUUUUCUCGACCGAACUGAAUGAACAUGAUUAUUUUUUUCUAUUUGCACAACUGGACUGAUUAUUUUGACUCUGUUCUUUAACUUAAAUUCACCACCAGAGGUCCUCAGGACUCCAUUAGUUGUAAUAUUGGUUCAAAAGCUUCCAAAAAAGGAUUUAUCUGUCCUCUGAAUUAUGUGUGUCCAGUUUUGUUUUGCAGGGCAUCAGGUGGCAAACCUGCAGUUUGGAAAUCACCUGAACAGACAUACAUAUAAUACUCCCAACUCUAAAGAAGAGAUGCAGUGUCAAAUAAAAUGAAUGAAUAAAUGAGUUCUCCUUAAAACAUCCUAUUGCCACAUUUAUGGGGCCCUAAGCAGAAUUUGAUUUGGUCAAGGGUAUAGGUUUGGUUUCAACAUUGGUAGGGACGCAACAUCCCCACCACCCCUCCAAAACAAAGUGAUUGACUUUUUAAUGCCAUCAAUCAAACAAUUUAUUAAGGUUAUUGAGAUCUGAAUCUACAUUCAGAAAUGCCCAUACACAAAUGUAAUAUAUGUACAUGUGUUGAAUCUCCGUAUAUGUAUAUAUACUUUGGCCUAUAUAUGUAAAAAUUACAUGUGAAACCUGUUCCAUUGGAAUAAUAUCAUAUAUUGACACAUACAGUAUGUCUAGCUAAUAGAAGCAUGUAUUUUAGUAUGUCUGUUUAUAUUAUAGGUUUAUACACUGUUGCUCAUAAAGUUGGAAUAAAAUAUUUUUUUAAAUAUUUUUUUAGCACCAAACAAAUGUUAUGCAUGAAUACAUUUCACCUGGGUAAUUGGGACACAUAAUGUAAUCAUUGCACCUGGUCAAAAGUGGUUACUGAUGCAUUUAAAUAGGAAUAAACAGAGGAUUGUGUCUGAAAACAAAAUUAUACCAACUUUAUGGGCAACAGUUUAUUAUAGACAUAUGAUGAAUGAAUAUAUAGCCGUAUGUAGCCUGUCAUUAUAUAUGUAAAUAUAAAAGAGGCAUGUAUGGUUAAUCGUUAAUAGUAAAUCAUAUACAAAAAUAUAGUAUUUUAAUAAGCAUGUUGUAUUAAUAAAGUUGAAUUUUACUAUGAG